CAUUUAAUAUGGUUUACUGCCAUCUCAGACAAUUUCUUAUUUCAAAUGUUUAUUUCCGAGUAAAAUUCUAGCUAUUUACUAAAAUGUUCAGUGAGCACUUGUAUGAUUCUGGAUGUACCCAAUGAAUACACGUGACUAUUAUGAAUUUCAGUUAGUUAUUAGAUACGAUCUCUUUGAGUUGAUAUUAAGCGGCUUCAGCACAUCUUUUAUUACUGCUUUUAAAUUCCGAGCAAUAUCAUCGAUGGUGCAAAAAAUUACGACUAUUCACGUGACAAGAAAAGGUAAUUUUGAUUACAAAUGUCAAACCAAAGUGAAUUGACGAACAAAAUACAAAUAUGAGUAGUACAGCGGGAUCUGGAGGACCCAAUGACACAGUCGCGAAUACAUUUAUGACAAACGAGGACGAAUCCGACGAAUUGUUCUCAGAUGAUGAGAGCAGAGAAAUUAAUUACAGAUCUGAUGUCUCCUUGGAUAUCUCAGUUUUACAAUCUGAAACACCUUUGUCAUCGAUUGACAAUUCAAACGCAAUAACACCAAGUAAUGCGGUAAUUCCAUCUACACCGUUGAGUUUAGUGCCUUUUCUGAAUAAAAUAAACGAACAAUGGACUAGUGAUUUAGAAACACCACAAGCUGACAGAACAGCUCAGCUACAUGCAAGGUUUUCAACGAGUGCACCAAAAAAUACAGGGGAAACACCUAAACUUGAGCAACACACACCUGAUAUUUCAUCUGCUAAGAGUACAGACAAUAAAAUUACUUCAGAUUCUCCUGUUAUAGUCACCAGAGUGGUACGAAAGCGUCCUAAGCGACGCUGUAUAUUUAGAUCUUCCAUAUCUAUUGAUACAUCAGCUGAUAUUAGCAGUGAAAAUAUUACUGUAGGUAAACAAGAAGAAGCACCAUUUGCUGCUGAGUACAAUACUAAUCUUGUAGCACAAGAUAAUGUUACAGUAUUAAUACCUCAUAUUGAUAGUGCUCAUGGAAAUAAGUCUCAAGUUCAUGAUAGGAUAGAAAAAAUACAUAGUAAUGAGAAUUUCAACCAACUAAGAGACACUGUACCUGAUACCUUAGAUUUAGCUAAAAAGUUAUAUAAUGAUGCUUCUUUCAGUAAUAUAGAUAAAUCAUUUGUUAACAAUUACGAGAAGCAAGCAACAAUAGAUAGUACUCUACAAGAUAACAGCAAACAAGACAUUGUAAAUACCUAUAGAGAAGAGUCGCAAACCUUAAAUUUAAAUAAGGAAGAGAAGGAGAGUGUUGGUUCCUUUACUGCACAUAGUUCUAUUAGCAUUUCAAAGGAAACAUUAUUUAAAACAAAGAUACAAAGAUUGACAGAUGAAGUACAAAAAGAAAAUCAUGAGUUACUCGAUAAGAAAAAUUCUGUAGAACAAAUGGAUCAGCAUUUAUCACUCUCCUCAGAAGUAUUACAAGAUGUUAAACGGACAUUUGCAAAUGAAAGUAUUGAUAAAGAAGACAGUAUGCUUCUCUUUUCAACUGCUAAUGAUGUUCGUAGCAAUGUUUAUGAACAAACGUCAUCUAGAGUAAAAUUAUCGUUCGAAAAAGAAUUAGACGAAUCCUUAGAACUUAACGCUGCGGUAGAAGCCGAUGUUCAUAAUAAAGAGAAUAGAUUACAAGAAAUAGAAAAUCUGAGUAUUGGAUUCCAAACUGCACGCGGUGCACCUAUCAAUAUUUCAAAGCAGGCGUUAUCUAAAGCGAAAAUGAUGUUUGCAAAAGAAUUAGACGAAUCCUUAGAAAAUAACGUUGCGGAAGAAACCAAUAUUCAUAAUAAAGAAAAUAGAUUGCAAGAAAUAAAAAAUUCGAACAUUGGAUUCCAAACUGCUCGCGGUGUACCUAUAAAUAUUUCAAAACAGGCAUUAUCUAAGGCAAAACUAUUGUUUACAAAAGAAUUAGACGAACCAUUAAAAAUCAAUGUCACUGAGGAAGUUAAUAUCACCAAUGAAGCAGUUCAAGAACAAGAAGUAAAAGCUCCCAGCAUUGGAUUUCAAACUGCUCAUGAUGCACCUAUCAAUAUCUCAAAGCAAACGUUAUCUAAAGCCAAAUUGUUAUUUGCGAAAGAAUUGGACGAGCCACUAGAAAUUAAUGUUAUACAAGAAGCUAGUAUUCAAAAUAAAGAAAUUACAACUCCGGACAUUGGAUUCCAAACUGCUCGUGGAGCGCCUAUCAAUAUCUCGAAGCAAGCGUUAUCCAGAGCCAAAUCAUUGUUUGCGAAAGAAUUGGACGAGCCAUUAGAAGUUAACGUUGUACAGGAAGCUAAUAUCCAAGAUAAAGAAGUUUCAACCCCGAACAUUGGAUUCCAAACUGCUGGUGGAGCGCCUAUCAAUAUCUCGAAGCAAACAUUAUCCAAAGCUACAUCGUUGUUUGCACAAGAAUUGAACGAACCGUUAGAAGUUAACGUUGUACAAGAAGCUAGUAUUCAAAAUAAAGAAAUUACAACUCCGGACAUUGGAUUCCAAACUGCUCGUGGAGCGCCUAUCAAUAUCUCGAAGCAAGCGUUAUCCAGAGCCAAAUCAUUGUUUGCGAAAGAAUUGGACGAGCCAUUAGAAGUUAAUGUUGUACAGGAAGCUAAUAUCCAAGAUAAAGAAGUUUCAACCCCGAACAUUGGAUUCCAAACUGCUCGUGGAGCGCCUAUCAAUAUUUCAAAGCAAGCGUUAUCCAAAGCCAAAUCGCUGUUUGCACAAGAAUUGAACGAACCGUUAGAAGUUAACGUUGUACAAGAAACUAGUAUCCAAAAUAAAGAAAUUACAACCCCGGACAUUGGAUUCCAAACUGCUCGUGGAACACCUAUCAAUAUCUCGAAGCAAGCGUUAUCCAGAGCCAAAUCGUUAUUUGCGAAAGAAUUGGAUGAGCCAUUAGAAGUUAACGUUGUACAGGAAGCUAAUAUCCAAGAUAAAGAAGUUUCAACCCCGAACAUUGGAUUCCAAACUGCUCGUGGAACACCUAUCAAUAUCUCGAAGCAAGCGUUAUCCAAAGCCAAAUCGCUGUUUGCACAAGAAUUGAACGAAUCGUUAGAAUUUAACAUUGUACAAGAAGCUAGUAUCCAAAAUAAAGAAAUUACAAUUCCAGACAUUGGGUUCCAAACUGCUCGUGGAGCACCUAUUAAUAUCUCAAAGCAAACGUUAUCUAGAGCCAUAUCGCUGUUUGCACAAGAAUUGGACGAGCCAUUAGAAAUUAAUGUACAAGAAAUUAAUAUCCAAGAUAAAGAAGUUACAACUUCGAACAUUGGCUUCCAAACUGCUCGUGGAGCACCUAUUAACAUCUCAAAACAAGCAUUAUCCAGAGCUAAAUCGUUAUUUGCACCAGAAUUGGACGAAUCAUUAGAAAUUAACGUUGCACAAGAAGCUAAUAUCCAAAACAAAGAAAUUACAACUCCGGAUAUUGGAUUCCAAACUGCUCGUGGAACACCUAUCAACAUCUCAAAGCAAGCGUUAUCUAGAGCCAAAUCGCUGUUUGCACAAGAAUUGGACGAGCCAUUAGAAAUUAACGUACAAGAAAUUAAUAUCCAAGAUGAAGAAGUUACAACUCCGAACAUUGGGUUCCAAACUGCUCGUGGAGCGCCUAUCAACAUCUCCAAGCAAGCGUUAUCCAGAACCAAAUCGCUAUUAAGGAAAGAAUUAGACGGAUUACCAGAAUCCAACAUUGCGGAAAGAUCUAAUAUUAACAACGAAACAGUCAGAGGAGAAGACGAAAAAGUUUCAAAUGUUGAAUUUCUAACUGCUCGUGGUGCUGCUAUCGGUGUCUCUGAGCAAGCGUUCUCCAAGGCGCAAGCAUUAUUCGCGGAUCAAUUAGAUUCCCCAGCGGAAUCGUGUUUCCCAGAGAAACGCAAAUUGACUUCAGACGACAGCACACCUCUUGGCAGGGGCUUCGCGUCCGGCUGGAAAAAGAUGCGAUUCAGCAAUGAAUUCGAAGGUAGAAAGUUAUUUGCCGACUGCUCGAACGCUGUCGAUAUGGACGACCUGACGGAAACCUUAUUGGAAAAUUCUCGCAUCCCGAGCAAAAUGUCUGUAGAUGACGACGCGGAAGACAGAAAAAUUGAAACAUUUUACGCGGAAUCAACCAUGAUUGCGGUAAAUGACAUGGAAUGUUCGAAUGAGAAGAACCAAGAGGAUCCCGUGGAUUCCUUUCUGUACUCGCCUAAGAGGGAUGCCUCAGAGUUCUCCGAGCCGGACGCGAUGGGCAGUCCCGUGAUAGGGAGGCAGCCUGCCUUGAAGAAGCGCUGGAGUCUAGAGCAGCGUAGGGGCAAGCACGAUGCAGCACAGUCGGACCAAUCGCAGGGAAACGCGAGCACCACGAUAGCACCGCCACGAGAGAACGCGCCAGUUCGUCGUGAGAAGACUCACGAGGAGGAGUCGCAGAGGACGAUGCAGACGGACGGGCAGAAGCCGGAAAGUAACAGCGAUUACGGCGACACGCAGAUGAUGAUGGACUUUAUCGACGAGUCGGCGCAGAUACUACAAAAUCGCCUGGAGGUCGCGUUGGAGCAAGAGGAGAUCAUCACCCGGAAGAGACGGCAUAAGUCGAAGCAAUCCACGGGAUAUCUGUACCACCUUAAGCAGACCAACUUCGAAACUCGCAUUUCACUGAGAGAUCUUGGCAAAGGCGCGCCGCCUACGCCGCGCACCUGCCAGGAACUCAUUGAUCAACGGAUACCGCCGAACAUCUUGGCGAUCUCCGCCGCGACUUCUGCGUCCUACAAGCUCCGCUGUUCUGACUUCUACGGCAGCGACGUGGCGCGCAGUAACGUCCGCGGGUUAGAGCUGAAGGACGGCGCGCGCCUCAUCAUGGACGAGAACGGGUAUGUGGGAGUCUGGGAGUUCCUGCGUGCCUUCCUCGCGAGUCCAGGCGUCGACCCGAAUCUUAUCCCGGCCCGGUGGAUUGAGAAUCAUUACCGGUGGAUCGUGUGGAAGUUAGCGUCGAUGGACAGGAUGAAGUUCGGCUUAACCCAGUUGUCCAGAGCGUUAACACCUUCGCACGUGAUGGCGCAGUUAAAGUAUCGUUAUGAUCGAGAAAUAGAUCGAUCCCAGCGACCGGCUAUACGACGUAUCCUGGAGAAGGAUGACGUCGCGUCCAAGAGGAUGGUUUUGUGUGUUUCGUCGAUUAUGGAGAAUAGCGUCAUAGCUAAUUCCACCAUAGAGGUGGGCAAGAGUCCGCGCGUAGGAGUGGUGAAGUGGAAGAUCGAAUUAACUGAUGGCUGGUAUAGUAUACCCGCCUGCAUCGACCUUGGCAUGGUGAAGAACGUAUCGACCGGCAAGGUACGGGAGGGCACGAAAUUGUUGGUGUACGGCGCGGAACUGCUCAACUGCGACGUGGCUUGUUAUCCGUUGGAGGCACGGGCUGACGUGUGCCUCAAGUUGCACACGAAUUCGACUAGACGCGCGCGAUGGGACUUGAAAUUGGGAUACGCGUCGCCCUCGGGACCGAUACCCGUGAGACUGCGCGACGUCUGUCCGAGCGGCGGCUUCAUCGGCAAAAUGACGAUCGUCGUCGCCAGAGUGUAUCCGAUGUUGUAUCACGAGAAAUCCGCAUCCGGAGAGUCGGUCCUCAGAAACGCCAAAAGCGAGGAAAAAGCGCAGACAGAAUACGAGCAGCGAUGUCGACGUAAGGCGGAGGCGUUCUACGACAAAGCCGAGGAGGACUUCCAGGAGGAGGAUCUGUUGACGGCUCGAUCGGGCAAAGAUAGCGAGAGCUCUGCGCAGAAAUUUGCCGGCACGAAACGGCAGGACGAGCUGCUGCGCGAACUGCACAUGAAGAAGGAGCGCUACAAGCAACAGCUGCAGUGGAAGCUGCGCGAAAGCCUGCCUGCGCCGCGACAUGUCUCGCCGUUGCUCAAGGUUCGCGUGUGCGAUGGGAACGCGCACGCCAUCCUCUCCAUCUGGUCGCCCGGCGAAGAGGUCGUCGACGCCCUCAAGGAAGGCGCGUGCGUCUCACUGCGUAACGUCACCGCCGCCGGGAAAAGGGGAUGCGAGCUACAACUCACCGCGGGUCGCUGCGCGCUCUUCAAUCCGGGAACGAUGCGCGACACGUCUCAUCCGCCCCGGGUGUGCGCUUCGUUUCGCGAGAUGGCCAGUCCCGAGUUCUCGCCGCCUUACGGGGAAUUCGACACGGUCGGUCUCGUCUGCGCCGUCGGCACCGCUCCUUACGGUAUGAAGGACUUCGAAGUCGCGCACUUAACAUACCCGAAGAGCGACUCGAGCCACUCGUCUUCAUAUCUCUCGAUAAUGUUUUGGCAAGGGAUAGCCAGUUACGGCUACGCGGAGAUUCUCACCGUCGGCUCUGUCGUGGCGUGCAAUAAUUUGGAAUGGCGUAGGGCGACCUCGUGGAACGUCCCGGUGGCGUAUUGCACCGAUAAGAGCACCUUCACGCGCAAUCCACGGCGGAAUCAUCUCUACGAGGCCUUCGAGAGUCUGCGCGGCUCGAUCACGGAUCCGGCCGCGUACGCCGAGGGAUGCACCGCCGAGCUCAACGUGGAGUUGCAGAAGAGACCGGCGAGCACGAGAACGCCGACGCGCUACGCGCCGGACAAAAAUACCCCGAUUAAAAUAUACAAUUCUGCCCCGGGCUCCGACAAGAGACCGGUCGACCACACGCCGUCGCUGUCGACGCCGAGGUCGACCGCCGUCAACAACAGUUGGAGUUACGUCGCGAGCAGUUCUUCGAUACAAAAGCGGCUGGACAAGCUCCAGUACUACGCCGAGCCACCCGAAUUAUCUCCGAUCGUCAUCAGAUCGUCCAAGAGGGUCUCCUUGGAUUACCGAUCGCCCGUUCGCGUCUCGGACGCCAACUCGACCGACAGUUCGUCGACGAACGUUACCAAGUCUGGCUCGAAUUCCUGUUUGUCGCCGGAGAAGCAGUGACAUAAUUGUUUGUUCGUUUUGUUUUCUAUCACGGGUACUUUAAGACGUUGUACAUAUAUCGAUAACUAUUGAGUGUUCGUUAAUAAUAAACUAUUUUUGUACCAAUUUGA